UUAAAGAUGUGUAUCCCCUCCCCCGAAUUGAUGAUUUGUUGGAUGCGAUUGGUUGCGCCAAUUAUUUUAGCAAGUUUGAUAUUCAGCAUGGCUUUCCAUCACAUUCUGGUGAAGGAGGAAGAUCGGCCAAAGACGGACUUCAUGUUGUUUGAAGGCACAUGGCAGUGGGUUCGGUGUCCGAUGGGGAUUUGCAACGCGCCUGCCACGUUUCAGCGAGCAAUGAACAUGACAUUCCAGAACUUCGUCAACAAGACGCGGCUAACACAGGGAAUGAUCAACUUCUGCGUGAUCGUGUACAUGGACGAUAUCCUCGUCUACUCGGAGACCUAUCACGGGCAUGCGCAACACAUCAAGUGGACAUUUGGAGCGCUGAGAGACGCCGGGUUCAAGAUCGCGCUCGAGAAGAGUGAGUUUUUUCGCUCGGAAAUUUCGUUCUUGGGCUACGUCGUGACACGUGGAGGACUGCAGCCGGACUCAAGAAAGGUUGCGGCGGUAAGAGAAACUCCAGUUCCCAUGUCGCUGACACAGGUUCGAGCCUUCUUAGGGUUGGCAUCGUACUAUCGUCGCUUCAUCAAGGGUUUCGCCGCGAUUGCACAACCACUAACGAACCUGCUACGGAAGGACCAGCCUCUCAGUUGGGACGAGGAGUGCCAACAGGCCUUCGCGACCCUCAAGGACGCUCUGGCAACAGCCCCUAUUUUGAUUCGACCAGACCCCUCGAAGCAGUUCAUUCUCAUCACGAACUGGCAACCGGAAGCUAUCUCCGCUAUUCUAGCGCAGAAAGGGAACGAUGGUCGUGAACACGUCAUCGAGUACGCGUCGCGUAUGGUACCGGACGAGCGGAGGAAUGACUCAGCACCUCAAGGCGAAUGCUAUGCAUCUGCGCGGGCUCCUACUCUCUCCUACGGUGUUAAGGAGAACAGUGCGCCGCUAUUGAGCGAGGAGAAGCGGGACACGUGGUGGGAGGAAUAUAUUGAGCUCGCUUUCUGUCUAUUGGAGAUAGAGUUCCGCUGGUCAGAAGCGGCCCCGUUCGGAGAAGGACCAGAGCACCCAGAAGACAGCGUGGAACUUCUGAUCAUCCAAGCCUGGAGAACGGCGGAGCAGGGCGACCUGCUAGGAAUCGUAUUCGGGAAGGUGGAGGAGGGCAAUCUCACCCUGAUCACGGACGAGUUGCUGGUGUUUGUGACUCAGCUGGUGGACGGUCUGCCCCUGGACAUCUUGUUACACAGUGACAAGCAGCCUGGCACCCACGCGCUUUACUUGGAGAUCGACGUUACCGAUCUCACAUUUUGGGACCCGAUCGCAAGGAGAAACGCAGCGCAGGACGAGGAGAUAGGGGAAGCGGAGAAAGAGGAGGAAGAAGAGGAGCCAUCAGGCGAAGAACAGGACGAUCCAGACUACGUACCGGAAAGAGAAGCGGGGAUAGCCGACGGAUCGAGCCAGCCGCAGGAAAAGAACGAAGAGGAGGAAGAGGUAGAACCAGACGAGGAAGAAGAAGAAGAAAACGAGCAAGCGGAGUCGGAGUACGAAGGAUUCGAGGCCGAGGUGCGUGACGCGGCCCGAGAACAAGCGCAAGAGCAGAGGAAACGGAAGCGCCAGGAGACCGCGGAGGGAAAGCGACCCACGACAAACAUUUCUCCUGUCGAUCCGCCGAUCGGGGACCCAUGGCGUGAUCCGGAGCCGCCAGAAGAAGAAGACGAUGAAACCACAACAGAGGGAUCGCAGAAUAGAAGAAGAAGAAGUGAAUCGCCAUCUCCCUCCGGCUCCCCGUCCCGACCCUCCAUUCGUCUACAUCAAGAUCUCGACGUUCAGGCUUCGUCCCCGGUCGUUCUCUCGCCGACCCCAUGACUACCUCAUGCUUACCCCUCUUCCCGAUAGACCCCCGUUC